AUGAUCACUGCCGGUGGCUGCGUGGAGCACUUGAAGAAGAGUUCGUCAUGGGAUCUAAGCCUGGAAUGGGUGGAAUUGUUGGAGACGCUGGCAUAUGAAAUUCGAGGCGAAGAACCCAUUCGUCUCCAAGAAUUUAUUCACAUCUUCAACGCCAGGAGCGUGUUGAAGAAGUUGCUCCUCUUGGCAGACCGAGACUCGGACGGAUUUCUCAGCCCCACUCACAUCAUGGACUUCUUAGCCGAGAUCUCAGCUCCCAGGCGGAUGACGGCAUUGACUCAAGAGAACCUAACAUGGCUGGAGAAUCUUUUCAAGCAGACCAUGGGAAAGGACCAGGAAAUUCAUCUCGAGGAGUUCCAGAAGAUCCUUCAGUCCAAAAACCCGUUCUUCACGGAGAGAGUGUUCCGGAUUUUCGACCGAGACGGGAGUGGAUCCAUUUCUCUGUCCGAGUUCAUCGAUGCGAUGAACCAAUUCGCGACGAAGGCACCCGACGACAAGUUCCGGUUCCUCUUCAAAAUCUACGACCUGGACGGAGACGGGUUGAUUCAGCAGAAGGAAUGGCACGAGGUGAUGAAGGCGUGCAUGGAGGAGAAUGGAAUGAAAUUCAGCGAGGAGCAAGAGUGGGAUUUGACGGGAGCAUUAUUCGAGGAGGCCGACACAGAAUAUAGCGGCUCGAUCACUUAUGAAGCUCUCAAGGCUCAUCUCCUUAAAUACGAUGGACUCCUCGAGAAUCUAUCCAUUGCGAUCGAUCGAUGGUUGGUGCCGCCUCAACCGGCAGAGCCGAGGAGUUUGCGGAAGGGAUUGAGCAGAUUGAAGCCGCGUGCAUUCUCUUUCUCUUACCUGAAGAACAACUACAUCUUCGUCAUCUGGCUCCUCCUAUUUUGGGCCGUGAAUCUCGCACUCAUCGUCGCACGCAUCUUCUCGUAUUGGGAAUCUCACUUCCUCGUCAUCAUUGCCAGGGCUUGCGGACAGUGCCUGAACUUCACGAGCGUAUUCAUCAUCGUGGUGAUGCUGCGUGGAGCCCUGACGUGGAUGCGAGGCCAUGGGUUUGGCAGUUUCCUCCCCAUCGAUCACAAUCUCUACUUCCACAAGCUCACCGGCUGGUGCAUUGUGUUUUACUCCAUCGUUCACACGAUCGCACAUCUCAUCAACUUCGCUAUGAAUGUGGUGGGGAAUCCGGAGCAGAAUCCGCAUGGAUACAGUUAUGGGGUAUGGCUAUUGAGUGCCCGACCUGGUCAUUUUGGUCUCAUCCCGGGUUGGGCGAAUCCCACAGGAGUCGCACUCCUCUUCGUCCUCGCCGUCAUUUUCGUCUGUUCCCUACCCUUCGUCCGCAAAAGCGGAUACUUCGAGGCCUAUGAAGUACGUGUUGGAUGCGCCGCAUACAAUGAAUUCAUCGGGAAACCAGAUGCAGAGGCAAUUGCCAUGUUCUGUGAGAUGAUGAGGAGGAUCAUCCGAAUCCUCCUGCGAUUGUUUCUCUCCAGACGCGAUAGCCAGUGUCUGAACGUUGAAGGAGUGGAAUCCUUUACGAUUCACAUAUACGUGUUCAUUGUCUUUUGGAGCCACGAUCGGGACAUAUGUCCCAUCGAUGGGACGUUUGGGAAGUUGAAUGCCUGCAAGAAGCCAUUCUUCAGGCUGACGAGAUCUUCUCUUGAUGCAGGGAACACAAUGAACUUCUUUAUGUUUUCAAAGAUGGCCUCAAACGGAAUGGAUGCACCGAAAUAUGGUAGGAAUGGAAAGGCCUUGGCCAUUCCCGAGCAUGGAAUAGAUGGAACCUGUGGCUAG